AUGUCUCGCUUAGAGAUUGAUUCGUUACGAGAGUUGGCAACUCCUCAUGUACGUACGGUACGCUCUAUCUUGUCCCAGUUAGUAGCAGUGUUGAUGAAGAAUAGCUUGAUAAUCGGGCAUGGAAUGACUACCGGAUACGCAACAAUCUUAGUUCCCCACCUGACCGAUUACGAACCAAACGAAUUCAUUCAGUUGCAUCAAAAUAAAGCUUCAUGGUUUUCUGUCCUUCCAACUUUAACCGCUUUCGUGGGCGCUAUACUAUCCGGAAUGCUUGUGGAACGUGUGGAAAGAAAGCGACUUAUGUUGUUUGCUACUAUCACACAGCUGCUGUCAUUUUUGUCCUUUUACUUUAUUACGGAACUGUGGCAAGCGUCUGUAGCACUGACCGCCCUUGGAAUAGUAGGUGGAGCCAUGCAAGUUUCGGCAUUGGCCUACAUUGCAGAAGUGAUGGAACCCCGCUUGCGUGGAAUUUUAAUGGCCACCAACAUACAAGCUCUCCAGUUGGGUCUCCUGAUAGAGUACUACAUAGGAAGCACUUUUGACUGGAGGGAGGCGGCGUUAGUUUCAUGUAUCGCGCCCGUUGCAGCAUUUUGUUCUUCGUACAUAGUACCAGAAAGUCCAUAUCGGUUACUGAUAAAAAAUAAACCAGACGACGCACGAAAGAGUUUAGCGUGGCUAAGGGGAUGGACCACAGUGGAAAGUAUCGAGGAGGAAUUUCAAGUGCUUCAAAUCAGCAUCGGCCAAAAACCAGCGAAAGUGCGUCGGAAAAUUAUCGAUAUUAAUAUAGAAAUACCAGUCGUCAAACCUCCUGAAUUAUCAACUGCCAUGAAAUACCUUAAGAAGGAUUUUCUGAUUCCACUAGUAUUGGUUUCCUCCGUGCAUUUGGUCGCGAAUUUUUCCGGCCCUUCAACCACGCCCGCUGCAGCAAAGUCAUUUUUCUUGGCAUUAAACGUACCUAUAGACGAACAAAACGCGACAGUGAUGUUAGGUGCGGCUCAGUUUCUUGGGAGCUCUCUCUACACAUUUUCUGUAAGGCGUUGCGGGAAGAAAAAGACGGCAAUAGGGUCUGCGACCUCCGUUUGUUUGUGCAACGCGAUUUUAGGGAUGUACUCGAUGUUUAAUGAGUACGGAAGCCAGGCAGCUACGCCUUCGGAGCCAUCGACAGAAGUAGAGUACAAAUGGGUGCCUUUCGUCCUUAUUUUAGUAAUGACCUGCUUGGUAACCAGUAAAGCCGCAAAAGUCGAUGGGGUGGACCCAUCCGGAGAGGAAGCAGUUUGCAGCAAAUGUAAGACCGAGAUGAAGACCAUUGCUCGAGCACGAAUCCAAGAGCGUAUAGCAAUCGCCAGUGACUCUCAAGAGAAAUGGCCCGAGGGGACGACCAGAAGAGAAUUAGAUGAUGACGCGAAUUGA